GUGAAGGGAACUACAAGCAUCCAAUCUUGGAUACUUCAUUAGCAACUGAUAGGCAAAGAACCAUGCAUCUCGAGGUAGUCACUGAGUGGCUGCGUCGUAUUUUCAUUUCUUGGCUACUUUGAUAGUGCGACAUCAGUACGCGGCACAAGUGUUUCUUACCCCACUUACAAUUGAGAUUCUUUUUGGAGUGGAGGGCUCAAAGUUGGACCUGGGUAAUAAUAAUAAGGGUUGGAGAAGAGAAACUUCCGUUAGAAAUAGAUGCACGACCGAAGAGGACCUUAAGAAGCGUCCCUGCUUGAGCGCGUUCGUCACCUGAUCUUUUCCGAAACUGCUUGAUCUGAUCCCGAAGCUUGGAGAGUAACGUCUAGAUUGCGAUGGUACUUUUCGAAAGCUUCAAUCUGUUGCCGACAGUUUUCAUCGGUAUUCUGGCUCUCGGUGUUCUGCAGAAGAUAAUCGCAAGUCAUGUUGCUAGCAAAAAAUACAAACUCCCACCGAGGGUGCCUGGAAGUCCGAUCGUGGGAAACACUUUCCAGUUGCCACCGAAUCAGCAGGGACUAUGGGCGAAAGAGCAAGCUGAGAAGUAUGGCGAGAUGUUUACCUGCAAGAUUGGUGUCAACACUUGGGUCUUCCUGAACUCGAGCCGAGUCAUCAACGAUCUCAUGGAGAAACGCUCGGCGAUCUACUCUUCACGAGCCAACCUCCCUAUGACAUCCAAAAUUAUGUCAGGUGGUAAUCGGGUCUUGUUGAUGCCAUACAGCGACAGAUGGCGCGCCCUCCGCAAAGUGAUGCACUCCAUUCUCAACAAAACGAACACGCAAACAUUCGCCCCAUUCCAAGAUCUUGAAUCCAAACAUCUCAUCUAUGAUUACCUUCACAACGCUGAUAAGUGGUAUGAAGGCAACCAACGAUUCGCCAAUUCAGUCAUCAUGAGUGUCGUGUUUGGAAAAAGAAUGGAGUCCUCGAAUCCGAAAAUUAAAGAGCUGCUCGAUACUUCAAACGAGAUCAUCAUGGCCAUGCAGCCAGGAGCCAGUAUCGCUGAUGUACUGCCAAUGCUAGAGAACCUGCCAAAGAAAUUACAAUGGUGGCGACCUAGAGGGGAACGAGCAUACCAGAAAUGCUUGAAAGUCUACCGAAGAGAAGUCGCAGAACUAAAGCAAAAGAUCGAAGCUGGAACUGCGAAAGACUGUUUCGCUGUCCAGUUUCUCGCGAAUCCCGAAACCGAGAAGUUGGGGGAAGCGCAAACCCUGUUCGCACUAGGCUCGCUGUUAGAAGCAGGGAGUGACACUUCACGAAUGGCCCUCAGCAUCUUGAUAUCAGCAGCCAUAACAGACAAGCGGUGGGUGAAAACCGCACGAGACGCCCUCGACGAAGUCUGUGGAUCAAACGCGGAACGUUUACCCGAGUUCAGCGACAGGCCAAACCUGAAAUACAUCACUGCCGUCGUAAAGGAAGGAUUCAGAUGGCGGCCAUUCGCUGAAAUUGGUGUUCCGCAUAUGUUGAUCCAGGAUGAUGAGUAUGAGGGGUAUAAGUUCCCUGCUGGGACGCUGUUCACGUGGAAUAAUUUGGCGGUGUCGUUGAAUCCGGAUGAGUAUGAGGAUCCGAAUAGGUUUUGGCCGGAGAGGUUCUUGAAUGAUGAUUUGGAUAAUGUUUUGAAGGGGCAUUGGGGGUUUGGACCCGGUCGGAGAGUUUGUUCGGGGUACAAUGUGGGACAGUCGAAUGUGUGGAUUGCAUUUGCUCGGCUUCUGUAUUGUUUUGACUUUGAACAAAUCGAGGGGCAACCCGUCGAUACCCUCCAUACGAAUUGGCUUGAGCACCGUUUCGCUCCAUUUCCUGUGUCGAUCAAGCCUCGCAGUGCAAAACACGCCGCGCUAGUUGAGCGACAAGGGAGCAUUGCUGUAGCUACAAAAUACUGAAGUCAGUAUCUUGACAGAGAUUCGGUCCGUAUAUAUAGCAAUUCCCUGAAACUUAAUUUGUUCUAUUCAUGCAUUAAAGCCCUGCUUCAAGCACGUAACUUUGAGAUGCCAGAGAUAACAACGAUGACAGCCUGAGCAGUUGUGCAACGAAGCCAUGCUACACAAGAUUGUUCACACCUGACGAGUACACAUUAUUCAGUUCAUCGUAUUGUGGCGGGACAAUCUCCAGGUACUCACGCAACAAGAGAAGUAGCAUUCACGACAUAUGAAAUACUAUGAUACAAGGAAUUUGUUUGAGCAAGUCGCAAGGUAUGACAUAUGAGGCGCGGGAUUUGUCAAAUAAAGAUCGUAGAAAAGAAUAGAUUAGAUAGAAUCUCUUUCAAGAGCGUAGUUUUCAUAAUUA